AUGCGCCUCGGCCGUGCGAUCUUCCCUCUCGUCCGCACCAAGAUGACGAUGUCUUCACCGGCGGUGAUGUGGGUCAGCGACGUGGUGCGCGAGCGGUGGCGCUUCACGGAGGCGGGCGUGGCGGUGUACGCGGCGGUGAGCGGCGACCGCAACCCGAUGCACCUUAACAACGGUUUUGCGCGGGAGGUGGGUGGGUUCGAGCGCGGCCGCGUGGUGCACGGCAUGCUGGUGGCGUCCCUCUUCCCUUCCCUCAUCGCCGCCUGCUUCCCUAGCGCGGUGUACGCGGGCCAGACCCUCGAGUUUGCGGCACCGGUGUACGUCGGAGACGAGGUGGUUGCUCAGGUCCAGGCACUCCACAUCAGGCCGACGACGAUGGCGAUGAACAGCAACACGAUAAGCCGCUGA